AUGUCGAAAAAAAGUAAAAGAUUAAGUUCUGGUAUUGAACGUAUAAAAACCAUACGGUCCUUGAAAAAUUCAAAGAACAGGGCUGCAAUUUCAAAAAGUUCAGCAUCAACAAAUCCAGAUAGAAAAUUAAGAGAAAACAAGAAGAAUGGUUUUUAUAGAACUAAAAAUACAAUUAACAGGCUAAAUAUGUACAAUGAAAAAGGGAAACUAGCAAGCAAUGACAGACCUUCGGGAACUAUGGUCAGAGUUGAGCCAGAUAGAAAGUGGUUUGGAAAUACAAGAGUAAUUACUCAGAAUAAAUUGGAAACGUUUCGCGAAGAAGUUUCUAAGGCAUCAUCAGAUCCUUUUUCUGUUGUAUUAAAAAGAUCUAAACUUCCAAAUUCUCUUUUAGACAAUAAUGAUAAUCAUUUGGAAAGAUCUAUUCAUGAAAAAGUUAACUUAUUAAAUAUUGAACCAUAUAAUCGAACUUUUGGUCAAGGGCAUAAAAGAAGAAAGAAACCUAAAAUUGUUUUCCAAUUCGAUAACUUGAGUGAUUUAGCUAAUAAAAUUGAAAAAACUCAUAAUAAUUACAGUCAAGAGCAGUCCAAUAGUUCUGAAUACAAUGAUUUCCAUCAUGAUAAAACCGAAGAAAAAAGGGAAUUUAAUGGAUUCGAGUUAAUAAAUGAUGAUUCGGUAUUGAAAAAAGGAACAUCAAGGAGAAUUUGGCAAGAAUUAUAUAAGGUUAUUGAUAGCUCUGAUAUAAUUAUACAUGUUUUGGAUUCAAGAGAUCCUGAAGGGACAAGAUGUAAAUAUUUAGAGGAAUACAUUUCUAAAGAAUGUAAGCACAAAUAUAUUUUGUUUGUGUUGAACAAGGUUGACUUAAUUCCUAAAUGGGUAGUUAGUAAGUGGAUCGCUCUCUUUGGAUCUAUAAGACCAACUAUUGCAUUUCAUUCAAGCAUUACAAAUUCGUUUGGAAAAAGAACCUUAUUUCAUGUUUUAAGGCAAUAUGCAUCUUUGUUGAGUGAUAAAAAACAUAUUAGUGUUGGUUUUAUUGGUUAUCCAAAUGUAGGGAAGUCUAGCAUAAUAAAUACAUUAAGAGGGAGUAAAGUUUGUAAAGUUGCCCCUAUUGCAGGAGAAACAAAGAUUUGGCAGUAUAUCCAUUUAACGCAUAGAAUUUACCUAAUUGAUUGCCCAGGGAUUGUUCCUCCUGAAAAUGCUUCUAGUUAUAAUGUGGUAUUGAGAGGAGCGGUUAGACCUGAAAAGCUCUCUGACCCAUGUAUAUACAUUAAACAACUAUUGAAUAUCGUCAAAGAAAGGCAUAUAAAAGAAAAAUACAAUUUAAAAAACACAGAUAAUUGGAAUAAUUCUGACGAAUUUUUGACUCUAGUCGGAAAAAGACUCGGAAAAGUUUUACGUGGAGGAGAAAUUGACUUAAUUACAACCGCAAAAAUUAUAAUUAAUGAUUGGAUUGUUGGAAAAAUACCAUACUUUAUUCCACCUCCUCAAACAUCUCUCGAAAUUGUAACCCAAAAAAAUGGUGAUAAAGAUCUUAUCGAUUUGAAGGCACAAGAUAUUGAGAGGAUUAAUGUCUGCAAAGAGUUUGAGUGCUAUAAUGAAUAUCCGAAUGAUUUAGAAAAGAAAUCUUCAAGCCAAAAAAUUAUCUGCACCGAACAAUUUAAUAAAUGGGAUGACGUGAUUUGCCAGUUUGACUAG